AUGUCUUCCCCCGAAAUCGCUUCGCUUUCGUGGGGUCAGAUGAAGGUGAAGGGCUGCUCCACCACGUACAAGGACUGCAAAGUGUGGCCGGGAGGAAGCCGGACCUGGGACUGGCGAGAAACGGGGACUAACCAUUCUCCGGGAGUGCAGCCGGCUGACCUUGAAGAAGUUGUCGAGAAGGGGGCUAAAACCGUGGUGAUCGGUCGUGGCAUGAGCGAGGCUUUGCAGGUUCCACCAUCUACUGUGGACUACCUGAAGAGGAAUGGGAUCGACGUGUUGGUCUUGCAAACGGAGAAGGCAGUGCAAGAGUACAACGCGCUGGCUGCUCGGGGUGUCCGAGUCGGCGGGGUCUUCCACUCGACCUGCUGA